AUGAUUGUAAAGAAACAGAACAGAAGAUUCACACUGAUGGCAGUAGGAGAAAGGGGAUCUGGAAAGUCGUCGUUCUUCAACACUCUGAUUGGAAAGCAGAUAAUUUCAUCAAAGAAGCAGGAAGAGAUUGACUUGUACAUGCUGAACCUUGAUUGCGAAGGAGUCUCUCAAAGAGUGACUUUGAUAGACAUGCCGGGAUUUGGAGAGACACUUAAUGACUCUGGACUUCAAGAAACCAUAUGCGACUUCAUCAAAGCACAACUUGACAUGUUCAUUGCAGAGGAGUCUAAAAUCCGAAGGAAUCCAAAGUAUGAGGACACACGGGUGCAUUGUAUGCUAUACUUUAUUCCAUCGACAUCCUCGGGAUUGAAGAAUAAAGACAUAGUGUUUUUGAAAAAGGUUUCAGGGCUUGUGAAUAUCAUUCCGGUGAUCAGUAAAGCUGACGGACUAAGCAUUCUUGAAAGGGCUGAGAUGAAGGAGAGGAUAGUUGAGCAAAUGAAGUACUAUGACAUUGAAAUAUUUGAUCUGGACGAUCCUGAUCUAUGUCCUACUCCAUCAGUAGCGAAUGAUCUUAACAGACUGAUUCCUUUCCUCACUAUAUCAACAAACAAAGCAACUCCUGAGCUCAGAAUGAAAAGCUGCAUGUGGGGAGAUAUAAGCAUAGACAAUGCGCUGCAUUGUGAUGUUGCUGCACUCAGAGAGCUAUUACUUAGCACACACAUCAACGGUCUGAUAGACUACACUGCAAGCGAGAUUUACGAGAGCUAUAGAGCCACAGUACUUGAGAAUGGAAUCAGAAACUAG